AUCGUUCCUUUUCAAGUUUUCACCACGUGCUGCCUGAUCUAGAAUUUCAGGCUAGUUGUCUUCUGGUGAAACACAUCUAUAUCAGCGGUAACAGUUCGAAUCUUGAACUAUAUUAUAAAGCUAGAAGCUCUACUAACUCAAAAUGGGUAAAGAUAAGACAAAGAAGAGAAAGAUUGAGGAAGAAGUUGUUGCCCAAGAACCAGUUAAGGAAAAGAAGAAGAAGAAGGAAAAGAAUGUUGAGCCUCCACCAGUGGUAGUUCAAGAAGAAAAGCCAAAAAAGAAGGAGAAAUCUAAGAAAGAGAAGAAGGUUGAAGUUGAAGUGAAGACCAAGAAGAAAGGAAAGGAUAAGAAGAAACCAGAGAAAGAAGCAUCUGACUCAGACUCUGAUUCAGAGGAAGAAGAUGAAGCACCCAAAAAGGUUGAAACAUCAAAGCCUGCAUCAGCCACCCAGGAGAAAGCUAAAGAAGAAAGCAUUUCAGAUGAAGAAAGUGAAAGUGAUGAGGAAAUGGCCACAGAGCCUGUGAAAAAGCCGUAACCCAAAAUGCCAAGAAAGACAGUGAUGAAAGCUCAGAUGACAGUUCAGAUGAUGAAAUGGAAGAAGAGCAAGCAAAGAAGGCACCAAAGAAAGUUGAAAAAGAUGAUGAUUCUUCGUCUGAAGAUAGUGAUGAUGAGGAAGAGGAUGACAAAGAGGAAAAAAGUGCCCCAAAAGUUAAUGGUAAAAAGGCAGAGAAGGCUCCAGCUGAUGAUGAAUCUUCAAGCGAAGAAGAGGAGGAAGAGGAAGCCAAAAAACCUUCUAAGAAACCUUCAACUGAGGGUGAAAAUGGAUCUGCUCAAAAAUCUGUUUUUAUUGGUAAUUUACCUUGGAGUGCUACUGGAGAUAGCCUUAAAGAGUUCUUUGAGGAAAACGAAAUUAGUGCUGUAGGUGCUAGGGUUAUCAUGAAUGAGGAAGGGCGAUCCAAAGGUUUUGGAUAUGCAGAUUUCAGUUGUGAAGAAGAUGCCAAAGCAGCUGUUGAACUCAAUGGAAGUGAGGUUGAUGGAAGGAACAUAAGAAUUGAUUUUGCAAACUCCACACCAAAAAGGCAGGGUUCAUCCAGAGGAACACCAAGAGGUCGUGACAGAGGCGGACGAGGUGGACGUGGUGGACGUGGUGGCUCCCCGUGGAGUGGUGGACGUGGUGACUUCAAUGAGCCAUCCAAUACUUUAUUUGUUGGUAAUUUGUCAUUUGAUGCCACAGAGAACUCCUUGUCAAGUGUUUUCAAAGGCUGCAAAGAUGUAAGGAUAGCAAAAGACAGGGAAACUGGAAAACCAAGAGGGUUUGGUUAUGUUGAGUACGAUGAUGUAUCCUCCGCACAGGCAGCACAAAAGAAAGCUGACGGAAAAGAGGUCGAUGGAAGGAAUAUACGAGUAAAUUUCGCAAAAGCAAGAGAUGGUGAUAGUGGCGGAAGAGGUGGUUUCCGUGGCGGACGCGGUGGACGUGGAGGUCGUGGAGGACGUGGAAGAGGACGUGGUGGUACUCCAAACUCAGCCCAAGCAGCCCAUAAAGGAUCAAUCCAAAAAUUCUCGGGGACCAAAAUUUCGUUUGACGGCUCUGAUUCGGACUAACACUUUUUGAUGAUAAAUCGCAACGUACAAAGUUUAAUUCCUUGAAGAGAUCAGAGAUGAUUUCUUCAUACUUAACCACAACGCACCGUCUAAAGGCAUCUUUGGCAGCAAACGCUGUCGUUGUGGACUUCCUCCUGGUGCUGAGCUACGUGACGCAAGCAUUGACUGUAUACAUUCCCUCGUCACAUUGAUGGCGAAGGGUUUACUUGGUUUUAGAGUUUUAUCUUUUUGUGGUUUUGAGUAUAGAUGCGUCCGGUAUACUCGAGAUAAUCCGGAAUUUUAGGAAUCAACGUUACACCCGGUCGCUAUUUCGGAAUUGCUCAGAAUGAUCCUUUGAAAUGCGGUUGCCCUGUGAUUGUGACUAAGUAAAGACCUUGCUUUUAUCUUUCUGGCUUUUGAUAAAAAUGCUAGCUGUCAGUUGCUAGUAAUACUACCAAGUUUUUUGUAUCUCAGAUUCCCACCCUGCCGUGCUAGUUUGUAAUUAAGGAAGCUUUUAUUUCUUUAUAAACAACACGAAUUUGGUUUUUGCAGAAAGUCAUUAAUGUUUUGAAUCUCAUUUAUAUUUUAGACUUUGUAAGUUAUCUUAUAUUUGAUAUCUUCAGUGUGUCGGAAUUUUUAUCCCCAACAGGGCGAUAUGCUUUCAUGCUUCUAGAAGGAUAGAAAUGGUCAAAGUUUAUGUAUAAAUAUUUCGUUUUGAGUCGGAAUUUUAUCUUGUUGAGCAUGUAAGUAAGUGCAGAUUGUAUCAUUUAUUAAAAACAUUAAAACUGUUGCCAA